CUGAAUAUACUCCUGGAACUCCUAAAUAUUAUAUUGAGUUGGCUAAACGAUGUAUUGAUUUUGAUUCAAAAAAAAAUGGUGGUGCUUUUAACAUUUUGAAAAAGCUUAGGGAUGGUAUGGAUUCAAAUAGCGCAAAUAAAUUAAAAGCUUUAUGUAAAGGUUCAAUAUCAAAUCCAAAAACUCGAGGUCCUGAAAGUUUAGAU